AUUUUUUUUAUCAGUGAACUGUGUGUAGCUCAAGUGAGUGAUAUGAAACCACCUGUCUUAAUAACUGAUGCGGCCACAUUUUUUACUUCUGUAAAGAACUGAGAAUGAAAAAUCAUAGGACUUCAGCAUUCCUGUUGUUUGUAACUGCAGCAUUACACUGUGAGAUAGUGGAUAGCAUUGAUUCUGUUGAGGGAAAAUGUAAAGAUGAAAUCAUACUUCCCUGUAAAGCUACUAACCAAACAGACAAUUACCGUUAUGCCAUUUGGAGGAAAAAGAACACACACGGAAGACAGGACACUGCUAUCAUCAAGAAGAAAAAUGGCAUUAUUACACACUAUUACAACUCCACUUCUGUGUUUCUGAAAUCGAAAGAGGCCCUGGAGUUACAUAAUGUGACGCCUUCAGAUUCUGGAUUGUAUGAGUGCUUCCUGGCGGCAGAUGUUGGGGGUCAAAAUCAAGUAUCUUUAAUUAGGUUGAAUAUCUCAGAAUGUGUAUAUGUGAGAAGUGCGAGGACAGUUUAUCCUACCACAUCCUGUCCUGAUGUAGUAGAAUUUUCUGGUCAAUGGGCUGUGCUCAGCCUGUCUCUCUUCAGCCUGGCCAAAAUUAUACUUUGCAUUGUAGCUGUAGGGGUGUGUGAUCAAGUCAUAUUUAGAAGAAUAAGAAGAAAACAAGCUGUAGGGGAAGCAAGAGAGAAACAACGUCAAGUAUUAUAGACUGAACAUCACACAAAGUUGAUAUAGAGACAUUUUUAACAUGCAUAAUUAGCCAAGCUAAAAUAAUGUAUGACUUUGUUAUUCUUAAUUUCUAUCAAUAUAUAUAUAGCAAUAUAUACAUAGCAAUAUUAAUUCAUAAAAUGUAAAGGGUUAAAUAAAGAUGGUUAACAAUAUAAUCUAUCUAUCUAUCUAUUGUUUGCAAUAUACAGUAUUUUCAUUUAAAAAUAAGUAAAUCAUCUUGGGGAUGUAUAAACUGAACAAAACUUUUUUUCCGUAUUUUUAUUUUUAUUUAACAGGGACCGUGGACAGUUAAAGACUACCCCAGAAUUAGCUACAGAGCUACAUUUCAUCUGUUGUCCCUGGGCAGAAAAAAUAAAUUACAAAGCAUCAUUAAAAUAGUAGU